UUUUCCUAGAGGCCUCGGGAGGCUGGUUGCUCUGGAAUUGUUCUGUUGUACAUAUUCUUUAAACUGGACACAUCCGGUGACUGUGGUGCGUUCUCGGCUUGUCGUUCUGGGGUUCUUUUUGUGCCAGAACCUUGCCCUUCCCAGGAAUGGGGAAACUGGAGUCACCCGGGGGAGCUGUGUUGUGUGAUGAGCUUCAGGGCUAUUUUUCGUUUCUUAAGUUGAGUGUGUGUGUCAUCCACAUGAGGUCAGACGAUAACCUGUAGGAGUUGUUUCUCUCCAUCCACCCUGUGGGCUCAGGGAUGGAGCUCCCAGAGCUUGGCGGUGGGGGCUUUUAGUUUCCCAUGGGACCCAUCUCGCCCUCCCUCGUCGUUUCUAGAGCAACCCCCGACUUAAGUUAUUUCCAUUUCUUACCAUUGGCAUGAUCUCCUGUGCUUUGAACUCUGAUUUUGCUCCUGCACGCAUGCCUUGAAGGAGACAGACCCAGGUUUACAAGGCAUGGCCCAGGUGCAAGAUGGAUCUCAGAGGACUGUGGGGUUCUGGAGCAACAGGGCAGGGCUUGCUGUAGACAAAUAGGUACCCGAGCUGUCCUCAGCUGGACAGGCUUCUCUGGGCCCUGGGGAGAUGGUGUUGGAGGAGGAGCUUUCUGUGCAUUUGUAUCCCAAAGGACAAGAGAGGCUAACAUGGCAACUUCGCUCCGGGAGACUGUUCUUUCUUUUCUAAGAACUCUUUUCUCCCUUCCUCUUACUGUUCCACACCAUCAUUAUUUUCUAAGAACUCGUUAAAGCAAGAGAGAAAGUAACUUGAGGUGGGGAAAUUCCAGGACAGUUCUGGGCACUCAGCAUAGCUGGCCAUUGGUGGAGGUUUCUGGUGCAGCAUCUCUGAGUGGAAGUCAUGGGACCUCCCUUAGACCUGUUGCAGGGUGGCUCCUCUCGACUGACUGUUGAAGAGUUUCUCCCGAGUGUUGGAGGUAUACAGUUCAUUCUGGACUCACACCCCAGUCUCUCCCCUGCAGGAGUGGAGCCUGCUGGGAAAUGGCUGUAGGGAGACCCUGUUUGUUUUGAUUUCAGCGAAGUGUACUCUGACUGUUAUCUGAGACCGAGGGUAUUGUUUACUCAAAGCUUCUAAUGAGAACUGAGCAGGAAAGCAGGACCCCAGGGGGAGGAGGGAGUGGGUCCUAGCAGCCUAGGAGAAAGGGAGCCAGUGUGCCUUGGGAAGGCUCUGUUCUGUGUCUUUGCUUCCCAAGGCUGAAAUGAGAUGAGAGUCUUGAGAGAAAGAAGAAGGACCAGGAGAGGGAGAGUAUGAAAGGAAUAUCACCCUCAGGAUGUUGUUGGCCUGUUAGAUUUUUUAAGCCCUGGGCGUGCAGGGAGGAGCCCCAGCUUCUCCAAACCACAUAAAAUAAGCAAGGGAAGUGGUGCUUUUCGGAAGGUUUGUCUUAUUGAUAACAUCUCGUCUGUCUCCUCUACUGGAGGAAGUGACGACAUCAGGCUGAGAGGAGUUCUUCACCCCUCCCAAGGAACCCAGCAUGACCUGGUCAGCCAACUCUGUUUCCCAAAGUCCUUCCAGUUCUAGAAAGAAGCUGGGAGAGAGCCACAUUCUAGCCCUCCACUCCCCAGAACCCCCCGGGAAACCGCAGCCCCCUCAGACGGACGAGGUUCUGCUAGGGUGUAGCAGUGUGUCUUGGAAAGGGACAGCAUGAUAGAAUAAGACCGUAAAAAGGGAAAAAGGGGGUUGGGGGUGGGGUGAGGUGGAGGCCACCACAUGAAAGGGCAUUUGUUUUGAAUUUCAGCCCUUGGUUUACUAAUUCCCAAGGCUUCGGGUUGGAGCUCUUUCUUCUUUCUGGACGCAGUUGGAGCCGUGUAUAUAGUAACAGUGUUUGGGAUGGGGUUGUAGGAAGACCCUUUUUUGGGCUGAUGCCAAUGGUUCUGGGGGUAUCUAAAGUGGAGGUGAACAAGCACAGAGAGAACCCAUGCUCUUUGUCCUGUGAAUGCCCUCAAAGAGUUUCAUGAGCUUGGGCAGAAGGUUUUACACCUUCUGGAAGGCCAAGCCUCCUUUUUACAGAGGUGCCCUGUGUGUGUGUGUCUGUGUGUGUGUGUGUGUCUCUGUGUGUGUGUCUGUGUGUCUGUGUGUGUAUGUCUGCGUGUCUGUGUGUGUCUGUGUGUGUGUGUCCAGAUGUGUACGCUUUGAGUAGGUUGAGCUCUUAGGCAGGAGUGGCUGAAUGAGGCCAGAGGAGAUGGGAAGGGACUCUUGUAGAGGAUGUCGGGGUGAGGCAGGGCUAGAGCAGGUCGGGCAUCAAUCAAGGUGGGGGGUAGUGACACCCCCCUGAAAUAACCUCUGGGAGUCUCUUUCACAGGCCCUGUGUGUUGCUUUCCUUCCUGUGCAGCCCUGGCUGAGAGCAGGCUUAAUGAAUGGGGCUCAGUUUAGGGUGGGAGGAAGGUCGACCGUGUGAGCCAGGGCUUGAUUCUCUUGGCAAGGGAAGAAGAGAAAGAGAAAGCAGCCGAAUGUGAAAAUGUGGUGCCUUGGAGAUGGGGGUGGGGUGCGCUCAAAGGCCCGGCCCCUUCUGAAAUGCAGGGGUGACUCCAAGGCUGGCCCUUCCCUUUCCUGCGCCCUUGCACAGGGCCAGCUAGAGGAAGGGGAGUGGGCGGGGACGAGUCCUGGGAGCAGCACCCUGGCUUCAGAUUCCCAACUUCUUCUGGAGCCUGGGGAUCGGUCACACUGGUGCGUGGUGGCAUACUGGGAGGAGAAGACUCGAGUGGGGAGGCUCUACUGUGUCCAAGAGCCCUCCCUGGAUAUCUUCUAUGAUCUACCUCAGGGGAAUGGCUUUUGCCUCGGACAGCUCAAUUCGGACAACAAGAGUCAGCUGGUACAGAAAGUGAGGAGCAAGAUCGGCUGUGGCAUCCAGCUGACAAGGGAAGUGGAUGGCGUGUGGGUUUACAACCGCAGCAGUUACCCCAUCUUCAUCAAGUCCGCCACACUGGACAACCCGGACUCCAGGACGCUGUUGGUGCACAAAGUGUUCCCUGGUUUCUCCAUCAAGGCUUUUGACUAUGAAAAGGCCUACAGCCUGCAGCGGCCCAAUGACCACGAGUUCAUGCAGCAGCCAUGGACGGGCUUCACCGUGCAGAUUAGCUUCGUGAAGGGCUGGGGCCAGUGCUACACCCGCCAGUUCAUCAGCAGUUGCCCGUGCUGGCUGGAGGUCAUCUUCAACAGCCGGUAGUCUCCCGGUGUGGGGAGAAGAGGACAGGACGGAGGGGUGAGCCGAGCAGGCCACCGUUCAAACUACUUGCUGCUAAUCUUUCAUGCAAAACUCUUUCGGUCGGUUUUGUUGUUUGCCAUUCAUUGUUGGUUCUGUUUUGUUUUGUUUUCCUUUUUUUUUUUCUUCCUUCUUCUUUUUCCUCCUUUCUUGUCACUCUUGUGUCCUGUGUGUCUCGUUCUUUGAGAAAAUAUGAUGCGGAUUUUUGGUUGUGUUUUUGUUUGUUUGUUUGUUUGUUUGUUGUUGUUGUUUGUGUUUUGAGGUGGUGGUGGGUGCGGUUGGCAGGACACCCCGAUACAAAAACGGGAAGCAAGAGUCAGCACUGCCAAGCGUGGUGUGCGAAAGUGGGUACCACCUUCCCCUUUGGAUCAGCAUUUCAGUUGUCAGUGUGUGUGUGUGAGGGGGGUGUACGUGAAUGACAGAUGGGGGAAUGGCGUGCUUUUUUUGUGUUCUUUAUGGAUGUCCCCAGCUGAGAGGCUUGCAGUUCCAAGCUGUGUGUCUCUCACUGUGUGUCUCUCUCAUGAGCCUUUCGGACAUGCUCGGUGGGGCAGAGGCUGUACCUGGGCAGACUGGCAGCAGGUGUCCCAGCAGGUGCCGAGCUCUGCUCCGCUGAAGCUCCCCCGCCCCCGCCCCCUUCCCCACAGGACACGGGCCUAUCCACAGGCUUCUGAGAAGCCAGCCUGCUAGAAGGCUGAACCAGAACCAAUUGUUUUCAUCCCUGUCUUACUGCCUCCUGUCACCCGCUGCCAUUGUCGAAGGCUGUCUUUUUUGGCCAUCUGCUCCUGGAUCUCUCUUGAGAUGGGCUUCCCAAGGGCUGCCGGGACAGCCCCAGUCACAGUAUUGCUACCCCAGUACCUUCUCAGGCCCUUCCACCGGUCCCAGCCGUGGUUUUUUCAUCAGGUUUCUCCCAGAUCUGGAAAGUCAGCUCAGCACCCCAUCCCCCAGCCUGUGUGCUGAGCUCUGUAGACCAGCGAGGGGCAUCAGGGAGGGACCUGCUCAGUGCCCACCCACCCCCCUUUCCCGCUGAGAAGGGUGUAGCCCCGUCAUAACAAAGGUACCAUCGUAGGCUGGCUCCCAGCCCUUCUCUCGGCUCAUACACUCGUAUGAUACUCUGACACUGUUCUUGGCUCAAUGAGCAUGCUCACACUUUAAUAUAAGCUAUUUUUCUAACUACAAAGGUUUAAAAAUGAACAAGAGAGGCGUUCUCAUCGGAAAUUUAGCAUCGUAGUGCUUUGAGAGAGGAAAGGACUCCUUAAAAGAGAAAAAAAAAGCUGAGAUUUAUUAAAGAAAAAAAUGUAUUUUAUGUUAUAUAUAAAUAUAUUAUUACUUGUAAAUAUAAAGACGUUUUAUAAGCAUCAUUAUUUAUGUAUUGUGCAAUGUGUAUAAACGAGAAUAAAGAAAAGAUGCACUUUGCUUUAAUAUAAACGCAAAUAACAUGCCAAAUUAAAAAAAAAAAGAUAAACACAAGAUUGGUGUUUUUUUCUAUGGGUGUUAUCACCUAGCUGAAUGUUUUUCUAAAGGAGUUUAUGUUCCAUUAAACAAUUUUUAAAAUGUAUAACUGCA